GUUGCGUCCCUUGAAUUUUGUAUUAUCUCUCUCGAUUGGUCGAAUUUUAAAAUCUUAGCGCCAAGGAGGAAAAUAUGUCCACAUGAAAAUAGCAGUAGGUUAAUUGUUCAAUAAACGAUGUAAUUUUUACCAAAACAGAAAUCUGUAAAAAUGGCUGAACACUCGAAAACACGGAUGUUUUCGGAGAUAAUGGCGACUGGCAUGGAGAAAACAAUGGAUGAAACUGAAUCAGACAUCUUCUCGGAUUCACGUAAAAAUUUGUCGGCAGUUUUUAAGAAAGCUGUAGCCAGUAAUGUUGAUCCCGGAGAAGAACAUAUGAAAUGUUAUUUACGUGUCAGACCAUUUUCUGAUUCGGAAUCUGAUCGUGGUGAAAAUCAGGGAUGUUUAGAGAUUCUGGAUGAUAACACCAUCAUGACAAAAGCUCCAAAGGAUUCACACAUCUAUAAAAAUCAUUCUCAUGGUUUGGGCAAAACAUCCCAUAAAUUCACAUUUUCACGAAUAUUCGAUGAAGAUACGACACAAAAAGAGUUUUUUGAUGACACAAUGUUGAAUCUUGUUCGAGAUUUUAUUGACGGACAGAAUUGUUUGGUUUUUACGUAUGGUGUUACAAGUUCGGGUAAAACUUACACGAUACAGGGUAAGCAGUCAGAUGCCGGAAUUUUACCAAGAGCUCUUGACGUUUUAUUCAACAGUAUCAACAAUAAACAGUUGAGUGGAAUGAAUCUAAAACCUAAAAUGUUUAUGGACGUCGCUAAACUGACAGCGGAACAAGAAGAAGCCGAGAGGAAAAUAAAAGACAGAAUUAUGCAAAUGAGCACAGAAGAUGAUGAUAAGGUGAUGAUGUUACUGGGAGGUGAUGCAUCUGAUAUGUCUCAAGGUAACACAACAACUUGUUCGGAAGGUUCUAAUAUAUCAACAGUUGGAGAACGGGAAUCAAAAGAAUCACUGGAGGGCGACAUGUUCGCAGAUAUUGAGAAUAGAAUCCGGGAAGAAACUAAAAUAAGUGUUGAGGACCAGGGUCAAAUACGGUUUUCCAUCUGGUGUAGUUUUGCGGAGAUUUAUAAUGAACAGAUUUUUGAUUUACUGGAAGCUCUACCUAAAAAGAAGAAUGCGAAGCGGCCGGUAUUAAGACUUAGUGAUGAUAAAAACGGUAGUCCAUAUAUUAAAGGUUUAAAAGAAGUGAAUGUUUUGAAUGCUGAUGAGGCUUAUAAAUUAUUAAAUAUUGGCCAAAGAAAUCUUCGCACAGCUUGUACUAAAUUAAAUCAUAAUUCAUCUAGAAGUCAUUGUAUCUUCAAUAUCAAGAUAAUACGAGUUAUUGAUAAUGGUAAUCCUAGAAUGGCUAGAGUUAGCAUGUUAUCCCUUUGUGAUUUAGCUGGAUCUGAACGAUCGUCGAAGACAUUAAGUCAGGGAGAAAGAUUGAAAGAGGCAGGUAAUAUUAAUACGUCUCUCAUGACCCUUGGACGAUGUAUCGAGAUGUUGAGAUAUAACCAAAAUCACAAAGAAAAUGGACGAAUAAUUCCGUUCCGGGACAGCAAGUUGACCAGAUUAUUCCAGAAUUUUUUCAGUGGUCGAGGUAAAGCAGCCAUGAUAGUCAAUGUUAACCAGUGUGCUAGUAUGUUUGAUGAAACGCUCCAUGUGUUUAAAUUCUCCGCUAUCGCUAAACAGUUGGUUGUUCAUCAGAAACCCGAGAUGAAGAAACUGAAAUCUCUGUCUGUGAAACAUGGAUCACGAGAUCCGUCUAUAAUGUGGGAUACACCAGGUGCUAUGAUGAAGUAUAAUAGUCAGUUUGUAGAUGAUGAUGAGGAAGAUGAAGAUUUGGAUGUCAGUAUAUCGGAAUUACAGGAAGCUCUAAAUUUAGUAGAACUUCUGCAGAAUCAGUUAACAGAAGAACGUAGAUCUCGAGUAUUAAUGGAAGCACAGAUCAGAGAAGAAGUCUGUAAAGAAAUGAUGCAACAAAUUGUCUCCAUUGAAGAAAAUUACAAUGAGAUGUUACGAGAGAGCAAACAACAACAAGAAGAAAAAUUAGAAGAAAGGGUGAAGAUGUUGAUGGAAUCCAUUCAUCGACCAAGAAAACGACCUCGAGGAGAAAAAAGUGAUGAAAAUACAGACGAAUGGGUACCUUCAAUAAGAUUGCACGCUGAGGAACUCAAAGUAAAAGAUUUAACAAGUAAAGUCGACUCAAUGACGAAAGAAAUGGUCAAAAUGAAAGCAGAAGUUAGCAAGUUGAAUAAAUCACAAGAAACAAGGACCAAAACCCAGACAUCGCUAGAAUUUCAACUGGCUGAUUCCAAGUCAACAAUAACAGAACUUCUCACAUUAAAAGACCAGUUUGAAAGUCGCCAGAAGGAAGUAGAACGUGAAAAUCGAGAUGGUUGUAAAACUAUUGAAGAUCUAAAACAACAGUUACAACAGGCUCUGGCUGCUACAGGUAGUCAAUCUGAUGAUGUAGGUAAUAUUGUAUUACUGGAAACAUUGAGUCAACAAUUACAACAAUCUAAAGAUAAAAUAAGACAACAGGUU